GAAAAAAAACUCUUUUGCAAAAAAAGUUACAUUUGGUGCUUGAAUGGUUGACAGAGAGAAGGCAUGGCAUCGAGUUUAGAAGAAACACUUAGUAGGCUUUUACUGCCGGAUAAUAACACGAUCAAGCAGGCUACUCUGCAGUUGAAGGAGAUUUUUAAAGAUCCCAACAUUGUGCCGGGUUUAUGUCAGAUACUGGGUUCCUCUCAGUCUGCUCAGGUAAGACAACUGGCAGCUGUUUUGUUGAGAAGGAAAGUUCAGAAGGGACGACAGUGGAGAGCGCUGCCAGAAAAUGUUUGUCAAAACAUCAGAGAAAACAUAUUGCAGCUGCUAUUACAAGAACCUGAGAAAUUUGUACGAAAUUCCAUUGCUCAGGUAGUAGCUAUUGUAGCAAAGCAUGAUUUACCAAAGAAUCAAUGGCCCCAGCUUUUCCAGUUUAUACUGGCCUAUACCAAAAGUCAGAACAGUGCAGAAAGAGAGGUUGGUAUGUUUGUCCUGUACUCAGUGGCAGCUGCUGCAGGGGAGCAGUUAAAGCCUCACCUGACCUCCGUACUACAGCUGAUUAAUGAGGUCAUUCAGGACUCUGAAAAUCAACUCGUCCCCUACUAUGCCAUAAGGACUGUCACAGAAGUAAUAUUCUUCAUUGGAGAUGAUGAAGUUAAAUACAUACAGAAUGUGAUUCCUCGUAUGUUACAAGUCGUCCAGGAAAUUAUCCCAGUAGAUGAAGAUAAGGCCUGUGAACUGCUGGAAGUGUUUGAUGAGAUGUUAGAAUGUGAAGUCUCUAUCAUUGUUCCACAUAUCAAAACAACACUAGAAUUCUGUCUACAGGUUGCUAGUCGUGCUGAUCUGGGAGACAAUAUGAGAGUUAAAGCCAUGUCAUUUGUGGCAUCUCUAGUUAGGCAGAAGAAGAAGGCCUUUCUGAAGCACAAGAUGGUAGAUCCUGUUUUGUCCAUUCUGUUCCCUAUCAUGUGUGCUGGCAGUGAGGAGGAUGAGGAUGAAGAUGACCUGGAUGAUCCUGAAUGUAGGAUGCCAUCCAUGUAUGCUCCACAGGUAAUAGACACAAUGGCAAUCCAUUUACCACCAGACAAGGUUAUUCCUAAUGUUAUCAAACUGGUAGAACCCAACAUUGUGAGUGAGUCCCCCUCCCACAGACGAGCCAGUUUCCUGGCCUUAGCUGUUGUUGUAGAGGGGUGUGCAGAUUACAUAAAACAAAGACAUCUGCAAGCACUUCUGGAGUGUGUUGUUAAGGGACUCAAUGACCAAGAUCCGGGAGUACGAAACUCGGCUCUUUUUGCUUUAGGACAGUUCUGCGAGCACUUGCAGCCUGAGAUUACAUCAUUUGCAUCUGAGUUGAUUCCCUUGUUGUUCCAAUAUCUUAGCAAAGCAACACAAGAAGCAGACAAAAAUCCCAGAGGACUAACGAAGUGUUACUAUGCUCUGGAAACUUUCUGUGAAAAUCUAGAUAAAGAUAUCCUACCGUACUUGCCUACUCUGAUGGAGCACACAUUAUCAACUCUGAAAACGGCCACAAAUACUAGAGCAAAGGAACUAGCAAUCAGUGCUAUAGGAGCUACUGCAAAUUCUGCCAAGGAGUUACUAAAACCAUACUUUGCUGACAUCAUAGAGCAGUUUAAACCCUAUCUGGUGCCCCAUUCAGAGGCUGGGGGCACCUCAGAGGAGGACAUUAGAAAGCUACAGAUUCAGACCUUGGAUACCCUGAGUGUGAUAGCAAGAAGCAUUGGAUCAGAAACCUUUGCCCCUAUUGCAAAAGAAUGUGCAGAGUUUGGAAUCAACUUGCUCAACACUGUAGAUGACCCAGAUCUUCGAAGAUGUGUGUAUGGACUAUUUGCUGCAUUGUCUGUCAUCAUGAAGAAGGAUAUUUCACCAUACCUGGAGGUCUUGGUCACUUUUAUGAUGGCAUCCCUAAAGUCCACAGAGGGAGUACAGACACACUACAAGGAGGAUGAGGAUCAGGUUGCUAUAUUCAAUGAGGAAGACCUGUGUGAUGAGGAAGACAUUGCUGAGGAGGAUGAAGACGAUGAUGAUGAAGAUCAGAAAAUUCAAGGAAUCAGUGUUAAGAAUGAGUUUUUGGAUGAAAAAGAAGAUGCUUGUUGUUCAUUGGGAGAACUGGCUGGAAACACGGGGGCAGCAUUAUUUCCAUUCUUGGAGCAGUCAUUCAAGGAAGUGUUGGAGAUGAUUGACUACCCAGCUCCCGGCGUGAAGAAAGCGGCCAUUGCUGCUGUGGGACAGAUGUGUGUAUGUGUACACAUGGCUAACCAGGAACUUCAGUCACCAGAGACCCAGACUGCUCUAACUAACAUGUUGUCAGCCGUUGUCCUCAAGCUGCUGGCUGUGAUGGGAGAGGACAUAGACAGUAUGGUGGUCAUGUCUGCCAUUGACACCUUGUAUGAAAUGUUGGACAAGAUCGGACAGCCAGUCAUUCAAGUUCAGGGAGUCUCUGAUGCUAUACUUACACGCAUGAAGGAAGUUUUCACUCAUAAGUUGGCCUGUCAAGAUCAGGACACAGAAGAAGAUGACGAGGAAGCAGAAUUUGAUGGAAUGUUAAUCGAGUCUGCUGGGGAUGUUUUACCUGCAAUGGCUAAACUGUUAGGUGGACCAGUAUUUAUGCCUUUCUUCAGCAGUUUCCUAACUGAUCUUCAGAAACGACUGAAAGAAACAAGUUCAGUAGCAGAAAGAUCAUUUUCAAUAGGAACCAUAGCUGAAAUAAUCCAAGCCUCAGGCAACGCCACUGUGCCAUUCCUACAGAAGUUGUAUCCAUUGUUCAUGAAGUUUGUUAAGGACCCUGAUGAGGAGGUCUGUAGCAAUGCAGUGUUUGGAUUGGGAUGCUUAUGUUCCAGCUGUGGAGACCACUUAACUGGUCAUUAUCCAGAAAUACUGAAGACUCUGCUGGAAAUACUGAACAAAACUUCCAAUGUGCGUAUACAUGACAAUGUGUGUGCUGCAACCUGUAGAAUGAUCACAACCAGUAAAAAAUCCUUACCACUCGAACAAGUACUCCCAGUUGUUCUUCAGUGUUUGCCACUGAAAGAAGAUUUUGAGGAAAACAAGACUGUGUUUGAAUGCUUAUUUCAGCUGUAUGGCAAUGGUGAACAGGAGAUAUUGAAACAUAUUCCAAAAAUAUUGACAGUAGUAGCUCAGAUUGUUGGCACAGAUCAAGUCAAACAAGAGACUCAAGCCCUGCUGAUUCACUUUGUAAAGGACCUCCAUGCCAAGUUUCCAGCAGAGUUCCAAACAGUACAGGGAUCCCUCACCCCAGAACAGACUGGGAGGAUACAGAGCUGUUUAGAGUACACUAAUGGUUCCUCCUGAUCAAUGUCUAUCAGGCAACAUUUAGACUUAAUUACAUCAAAUUUAAAACUUUUUAAGAAGGAGAGAAUAUUUGUCUAAUAAAAUUAAGAUAAUAUAAAAUUGAUAUGAAAUAUCAUUAGUGUUUUGUUUGUUAAUGAAUCACUUGCUUUUAUCUAUAAUCCUGUCAAUGAUUUCACUAAAUUUCAAGGUUGUUCUUCUCUUGCCUUUUAAUGGUUGUUACGUCUCUCUCCCAGUUUGAACAAAAAAGAGUGCUUUGUUAAAAUUGUUUUGAGGCUUUAUUCACAUGUGCAUGCCUAAUAUACUUAUUCUGGGUUUUUGUUUAGUUUAAGAGUAGCAUCAUUUAUUGUGCAGUGAUGAAGAUUAAAACACAUUUAUAUUAUUUUUGUGAUGUACACAUGUAUGUGUGAUGUAUACAUACAUCUGUAUGUGAACACCAAUCUAUAAUGUAAAGUCAAAUAUUUGUAUGUAAAACAAAUGUAUGUAUGUAAAACAAAAAGGAUGAUGGAUUAAGCUGAAGGAAAUGCCUAGUUAUUUGGAUGAUUGUAAAAUCUUAGGUAUAAAGGAAAUGGUAAACAUUUUCUAUUCUAGAUUAAAAGCUUUAAACCAUUUAUAAAAGAGUAAAAAUAUUACAUCGAAAACCUUUCUUCAGUAUUUUGUUUGCUCUUAAAAUCAUUUCACAACAGAAACACGAUGAAAACAAUAUAGUAUUUUGCUAGAAUACGUUCUAUUUCCAUUAGUGAACUCUUCAAAAUUAGAGGCGCAUUUGGUCAUCUGACUGGGACAGCAUGGCAUUGCGGAUAAAACAAAACAUGCUAGUCUCAAUCCAAUUUUAAAUGUUUAAUGUAUUUGUUAUUCCAAUUAAAGAAUAGAAGAACUAAAAGACAUAUGUAGGAGAGGAGAACCCUAAAUUUAUGAUCCAUUAAUAAAAGAUACGACAUUUCUGAGGCAUAUGUAUUGUAUUUACAUGUAGAUGUACCAUACGAUAAAUAGAUACAUACGAUCAACAAUAGAUAUAAAUUGAUAUCAUUGUCAUUCCUACUCUUGAUGAAUAUAAAGUCCACAACAAUAAAAUAUUUCAUUUGCAUUUUCUUGGGAAUUGUUCAUUGACAUUCAGCAUAUUGUUUACAUGUUUAUGUAACGUUUGUCCCAGAAAUCCCGCAAGAUUUGUACAUUUUCCGACUUUUUCACAAAAGAGCGCACUAAGAAGUAUAACUCUUCCAUUGUGGAAAUAGAACAAAAUAUGUUACUUGAAUCCACAAAUCUGGUUUCUUAUGCAUUUCUUAAUACUGUAUGUGUAAGACCUCUGAUUUUUUUUCUACAGGACAUACAUGAUUUUUUUAAAUGAAUUUUUACCAGAGAUGUUGUUUGGGUCUUCAAUUUGCAUUAUUGUUUUCUUUUACAUAAAUAUUAGUUUCUUUGGUAUGUAAUCUUCACUGUUUAAAGGACUGAAUGUCAGGUUAUCAAGUGACCAAUAUUUAGUCCAUUUAUUUGCCAGCUUAUAUUAUUAUUUACAUCUUAUGAGUGUUAUGCUGUACACAUACCUACAGUUAUUUGUCAGAAAGUACAUGGUGUAUAUUGACUAGGAUAAGGUUUGAUUUUUAUUUCCUUACUCUCAUCUUUGACUAAUUACAUCGCUUUCAGCUCAGUUCAUCAUUUUCAUGAACUCAUCUAGUGCAAUACUUUCUGUAUAACUGUAAUCAGCAUAUUAAUUUAAUGUUGUAAUAAUGUAAUACGAAGUAGUAUCUUAUUGAAUAUACCUGACAAUUAUUUAACAUGCAUGUAAAUGAUUAACCUAUGAUACAUACUUUAAUAUACUGUUGAUAAAAAUGGGAUAUUAACAGAUAAGUGUUAUGAAGAUCCUAAAUAGAAAUUUAGCUAACUAAUCUGAUUCAACAGAUUAAUUCCUGGUCUUUUAAGCUAAGUCAACAAAACAUUUGAUGUAAUAGAUGAAAUUAGCACAUGUACCUCAUAUAUGUAAUUACUUGUUCAGUUUAUUGGUUUUGCAUGUGUGAAUUGAUGUCUAGUCUUUGAAGAGAAAUUAGAUGUUACCUGCUUUUGAAGCUUAGGGUGUUCAUGUUUGUUAUUUGAUGUUACUUGUUAGGAAUUCAAGGGCUGCAGGAAGAAUUUUGUGCUUACACUUUAUGUAUCAGGUCUUGCAAUCUGUGGAUUACUUGUAAAUUAAGGUUACCUGGUCAAUAAAACAAGUAAUGUACUUCUGAU